GGUUUGUCUUAUCAAAUUUGAAACAUUUUCCGUUCUCUAAUUUGUAUGGUUAUUUCUAUAUGAUUUUAUGAACCUGUUUCGUUCACGCGUCUCAAGCUCAAUAGUAUCUACCAUGGGCGAAGAGCAAGGAUCCUCUGCUUCCGCUUCCACCGCAACAUCAUCAUCACGGGCAAAAACAAGAUCUACAUGGCCCUCUAUUCUUCGCUGGAUCCCCACUUCCACCGAUCACGUCAUCGGCGCCGAAAAACGCCUUUUCUCUCUAGUGAAGACUCCGUACGUGGUAGAGCAAGUGAAUAUUGGUUCGGGUCCACCAGGGUCAAAGACUCGGUGGUUUCGAUCUAAGAGUGAUGAGCCUAGGUUUAUCAAUACGGUGACUUUUCAAAGCAAAGAGGACUCUCCUACGCUUGUAAUGGUCCAUGGAUAUGGUGCUUCUCAAGGUUUCUUCUUCAGGAAUUUUGAUGCUCUUGCUAGUCGUUUCAAGAUCAUUGCUAUUGAUCAGCUUGGUUGGGGUGGAUCAAGUAGACCUGACUUUACCUGCAAAAGCACUGAAGAAACUGAGGCGUGGUUUAUUGACUCCUUUGAGGAAUGGCGAAAAGCAAAGAACCUCAGUAACUUCAUAUUGCUUGGGCAUUCAUUUGGAGGGUAUGUUGCGGCUAAAUAUGCACUCAAGCAUCCCGAGCAUGUUAAGCAGUUGAUUUUAGUGGGAUCUGCUGGAUUUUCAUCAGAAUCAGAUUCCAAGUCUGAGUGGCUCGCCCAAUUUAGGGCAACUUGGAAAGGAGCCAUUUUGAAUCAUUUGUGGGAGUCUAAUUUUACUCCUCAGAAGGUUGUCAGAGGGUUGGGUCCUUGGGGUCCUGGUCUGGUACGUCGCUACACAACUGCUAGAUUUGGUGCAUAUUCAACCGGAGUAGUAUUGGCUGAGGAGGAGUCCAAAUUGCUAACAGAUUAUGUGUAUCAUACUUUAGCAGCCAAAGCUAGUGGAGAGCUAUGCUUGAAAUUUAUAUUUUCUUUUGGAGCAUAUGCACGGAAGCCCCUUUUACAGAGUGCAUCAGAAUGGAAAGUGCCAACCACUUUCAUAUAUGGCUUCGAAGAUUGGAUGAGCUACGAAGGUGCCCAACAAGCUCGCCAGCAUAUGAAGGUUCCAUGCGAGAUCAUUCGGGUUCCACAGGGCGGGCACUUUGUAUUCAUAGACAACCCAACUGCGUUCCAUUCAGCUGUGUUUUAUGCUUGUCGGAUGUACAUUUCACCUAAUCUUGAAACUGAACAUCUCCCUGAAGGUCUCACGCUUGCGUAGGAAAUGUUACCAUAAAUCUUUAAUUAUUUGUGUAUGAUUCAUUUAUUUUAUAGCCCCGUCACAAAUUUAUACUAGGAUGUAUUAAUAAAACAUUCAUUUUUCAUGUACAUGUACAUCUAAUGUACUUGAGUUGUGCUGGAUACAGCUGUAUUUAUUGAAUAUGAGCUCCGGAAGUUGAAACUUUCAAAAA